CCGGACAGCCCUCAAAUGCCUACUCUAUUCACUCUCGUUCCUAACACGGACAGCAGCCAGAAAUACCAGGAAUCAUGGAGAAGCUACAGAAGACUCAAGAUUAUGACCCUUUUUGUUACACCGCGUCAAAGCUGAGCGCGGCGGAAACCCAGUUCCGUCUGCUGGAGCUUCUCCCGUCCACCGCCGAGCAGAGUGAGCUCUCAUGCCGCAUUCUCGUGAGCCAACUUGGGCAAUCAUCAAGGAAAUACAAGGCACUUUCAUACGCGUGGGGCAAUGGCCGCAUGUCACAUUCUAUCACCGUGCUCCCUGCAGAGGGCAGUGAGGGCAAACGCACGACCUUAGCCAUCACGGAAUCUCUACACACCGCUUUGGUCCAUCUCCGUCACACCCGACAAUCGAUUUGGUUGUGGGUCGACCAGAUUUGCAUCCACCAAAAGGACCACGUCGAGAAGGGGAACCAGGUCGAACUAAUGGGACGCAUCUACGCCGGGGCUGAGCAGGUACUGGUAUGGCUUGGUCCGGCAGCCGACGGUUCGGACGCCCUGAUGGAGGUCUUCCUGACCGUCGGCCGGGCCGCUCGAGCCUUCGGCUUGGAGAGCUAUUACGCUAAGAGGCAAGAGCCUCUGCUGUGGCGCAUGACGAAAGAUACGAAACCAACAGACCCGAAGACCAUCGAGUACCAAGCAUUGUUGAGGAUAGGGGCCGAAACGUUCGCUCCCCUGGUUAAGAAGGAUAUCCCCAGACACUGGUUUGCACGACCCUGGUUCACACGAGCGUGGACGAUCCAAGAGUUCUGUCUCUGCGCCGACACGGCCUUCGUGUGCGGGGCCAAGACUGUCCAGGCUGAGCUCGUCGAGAUGGCCAUCGGCAUCCUGCGGAUAUCCUUCCUGGGCCCAAGCAUAGGUAUUUACUCCAGCGCCGGCGUUUACUCCGAGCUUUGGGAUAUCAUUUUCGAAGAUCCAACGGCGAGCCUCUUCAGCUGCCGGCAGGGUCGCCUCCGGUUCGACCGCGGCGAGCCCGGCGCCACCGGCGACCAGCUGCACGUGCUGAUGCGCGAGCUCUACGUCGGGCACAACACCCAAGCCUGGCUGCACCGCGACCGCAUCUUCUCGGUGCUCAGCCUGGCCGUCGACGCGCCGCUGCUCGGCCUCACCCCGGACUACAGCGAGCAAGACAACCCGGCCGUCGACGCGCGCAUCCUCACCCUCGCCGCGCGCGCCAUGCUCACCAACCCGGCCACGGGCAACCUCACCAUCCUCAGCUACGCCCAGCCCCCCAAAACCCCGGUACUCGCCCCGCACCUCCCCUCCUGGGUGCCCGACUGGUGCGGCGACCUCCGCCCCUCCUUCUACAAACCCCACAUGAUCAAGCACCACUUCGCCGCGUGCGGACCCGCCCACCUCGCUGUGCACCCCCUCCCGCUACCAGCAGGAAUAGCCGCCGCCAAUCCGCGGGUGCUGGGCCUCGGCGGGUUCCGCGUCGACACCAUCUCGGCGGUGGCCGCGGACCAGGCGUGGACGGAUAUGUCGUGGGAUGCGGGGCGGUUUCGCGGGGUUUUGGAGCAAGUGGAUGGGCUGUUUGAGCGGGGGAUGGUUGAGCACGCGGGGGUGCCGGUGAUGUAUGGCGGGGAUGGGGACAGGCGGGCGGAGGCGAGGUGGCGGGUGCCGAUUGGGGGGUUGUUUUUGACAAGGGCGGAGGGUGUGCAGCGGGCGGUGGGGGGUGAGGUUGUGGCGUAUAGGCGGUUUGUGGAGGUGCUGCGGUUUAUUGGGGAGUGUGAGAAUGCUGGGGCGGACGAGCGGGUGAGGAGGUUUGAGGCGUGGGAUUGGGAGGGGAAGAAGGAGAGGGAAGAGUUGGGGGCGGAGUAUCGUGACAGUAUGGUGUGUAUGGUAGGGAAGCGCCCGUUCUUGACGUCGGAGGGGUACCUUGGGAUGGGCCCGGCGGGGGUGGAGGUGGGCGAUGUGGUAGUGGUGUUCUGUGGGGCGAGUAUCCCAUUCGUGUUGAGGCCGACCGCGUCUGAGUUGGAGUUGGAUGUGCGGAACGUGGAGUUAUUUGAACUUGUGGGAGAGGCGUAUUGCGACGGGGUGAUGGAUGGGGAGGUCGUAGAUCACCAGGAGCUAAGCGAGUUUUAUCUUCUUUGAUGCCGGUUGUUGGCAGAGUGUGGUUAGUUUCUUGGGUAUACGCUGUCCGAUGAGUGUUCCCAAUGAAUCUAUCUGAUAUAGGUGCUGUGGUAACCAGCUUGGGGUGUCCUGGGACAGACUAUGAGAACAGCCACAUGUAGCACGUCUGGUUUGGAUUAACGGGUUCACGAAGUUAAUCGACAGAUGACAACGUGGCCAAUGGCGCAUAAGGUACAUACAUCUACGCCUGUUCUAAUCCGACCUCUUGAGCAGCCCCUUUCGUACAUAAACAACCCCAACUGGGUCAUUCCGCAG